UCCCGCCGGUACCGAGCGGUUCGCGGGUGUCGGCGCUGCCCGGUUACCGCCGCUGCCGCACCGGUCCCGUCUCUGCCUCCCGCGCCGGGACAUGGACUCCGAUUCCUGCGCCUCCCCGUUCGCCCCGGAGGACUUCUCCCCCGCCUCCCGGCGGCACCGCACCGUGGAAGACUUCAACAAGUUCUGCACCUUCGUCCUGGCCUACGCCGGCUACAUCCCGUACCCGCAGGAGGAAACGCCGCUGAGGAACAGCCCCAGCCCUCCCAACAGCACCGGAGGCACGAUUGACAGCGAUAGCUGGGAUCCCCGGUUUAAUGACAUCCCCUCUUCCGUUUCCCUGCCCGCCAAGAACAGAAAGAACUUCAGUCAGCUUAAGCGAGCAAAACCAUACGGUUCCCUGUUCCAGCGGGCAAAACCCAGCAACUUCCUGCCGGAGCGAAAGCAAAUUGAUAAGAUCAGGAAGAAGAAAAAGCUGAAGAGGAGGGAGACGGAGGUGUCUGCAGAGGAGGACUAUGAGGAGAAGCUGCUGGAGCUGGAGGUGGAGGACUCUUACGUAGAGACACCGAUGAGCCCCUCGUCGGAGGGCGACCCUCAGUCUGCGACCGAGCACUGCUCGGUGUGGGACUCUGACACACCUUCCAGCGUCUCCUACCCUGCCGUGUCGGCCGAGCAGGCGGUGGAGAUCCAGAGCGUGGGCAAACGAACAGUCAUUCGGCAGGGCAAGCAGGUGGUCUUUCGGGAUGAGGAUGGCACCGGCGACGAUGAGGACAUCAUGGUGGAUUCGGAUGACGACUCGUGGGACCUGGUCACUUGCUUCUGCAUGAAGCCCUUCGCCGGGCGGCCUAUGAUCGAGUGUAACGAGUGCCACACCUGGAUCCACCUCUCCUGCGCCAAAAUCCGCAAGUCGAACGUCCCAGAGGUCUACAUAUGCCAGAAGUGCCGGGACUCCAAGUUUGACAUUCGCCGUUCGAACCGCUCCCGGACGGGCUCGCGCAGGCGCUUUCUGGACUAGGGGAGGGAGGCACGUGCUGGUGCGCCGCUUGGGCGGGCGGGCGAGCUGUGGACGCCGGCCGGGAAGAGCUCCCCGAACUGCUGCUGCUCAGGCUGAAGGGCUGCCUGGCCGGCCCGCGCUAACAGGGACAGGGAAUCGCCAAGUCAUGGGCAGCCGGGGCUGGAAGAGGCCAACUGGUCAAAACUGCUGCUAGAUACCGAUUAGCUCAAGGGACAGACUAAGCUCUCUGGGUUCGGUGGGCUUUUAUCCGGUUACAACUACAAAUUGGGUGAUGUCUGGGGAAUGUAUAAUACCUUUGCCACAUGCGUUUUCUCAUCCCAUCGGGAAACUGCAAACCUCCUCUGUGCUAGGAAACUACUCCUCCUCCAAAGAGGGAGGAAGAGGAGGAGGGAGUCUAUGUGAAGAGUCUGAAAAGUAAAUGGCCGUGUGUUUUAAUGUAAUAUUAUACCUGCCCAUUUGUCCGUAUAUAUCGAUCUUAGAUGUUCUAAGGCUCUGUAGGAGCGAGUGUCAAUUCAUACCGACCUCUGCGCUAUCUGCCUCCUCUUCACUGGGCCCGGGCAGCAGGGCAGCUCUGUGAUUUGGCAUCGUUCAAGUGAAAACAGGACUUCUUCCUGCCCCGAGGGACCGGCACGCUUAAAGGAAGAGAGCAGCCCUUUUUCUGGACAGGCAGCGCUGGGGAUUAGCAACAUCGGAUUUCUUCCUAGAAGGUCUCUUCUUACGGUGACUUUUCGUGACUUUGUUUUGCAUGAUCGGCUCAAAUGUGUGUAUGGGGGGAUACUGUUUGCUCUGUUUCCCGGCCCCUCGUUAAACUCUAAGGUGCUCUUUUAAGAAGAUGCUGACUCUUCCUUUUCUCAACCCAGAAUUCAAAUGUGGAUUGUAAAACGGGCCGUAGUAAACUUAGAACCUGGCAGGUCUGGUUUGGGAUUUGAUCAUUUCCAUCUGAGUACUACAGCUGAGUUGGCUUCUAUUUUCACUGUUUGUUUUUUGAGACUGGAUUUGUAAUCAAAAAACCGGAAUCUUUAACUUAUUGGUUGCAAAUUAUACAGAUAAAAGCAAAUACAGGCUAUGCAGCUAGCAAGAUGAAGUGCAAUGAAGAUCCAUGCGGUGCAGGGGAGGACAGGAGAGCACCGAGGCCCCUGCCAAUGCUCCAGUCCCUCGACGGGACUUCCUGGGGGAGUCGAGGCUCGUACGCAAGGCCAUUGAGAUGGCAGCGUUGUUCCUUGAUGACCAAACAGCGAGCUGUCUGUAUCGCACAAACUCGGCUUACAUUUUGAGGUAUUUCUCUGCAAGUUACGCCUGAUGAACAACGUCGUGCUCUGUCCGGCAAGACCAUGAGGCGAGGGGAGUCGCUGGUACCGCGGCCGAAGCGAGACUAGCCACGUUGGUGGGAAGGUGUCCACGUUAGUCCUGCAGAUGCACCGUGUUAGACCACCGCCUUACCCGAGUACUGGCUCAUCAGGAGAUGCAUCCUGGUGAUGGCCAAGGGUCCUUCUGGUACCCAGAGUCAGGCACCCUCCUUCAGAUGUCUGCCUCGGGGCUGGCAAAGCUUCAGGCAGACAGGCCAGUGUUCAGUGCCCUGGGGCUCCGCUGCGGGGGACGCGGGGGUGCGAGGGGUCUGCUGGCCCCAGUCAGGAUGGCGGAGCUGCACGACGUGCAACCAUUCUUCAGUGCUUCUUUACAAAAACCCUGUUCCACUGAGCUGCAACAACUGACUCUGGGUUCUGAAAACCAGCUCCAGCUCGGUAAAAUCUUAAGACCAUGACCGUGGUAUGCUGUCUUCCAGAAGCUUCAUGGAACCACCAAGGAGUUUGCCAAAGACUUGUCCCCGACGGCUGCCUGACUGUUCUUUGCAGCCAGAAAAAUAACCAAAGUUCUCAAAUGCUGCCAUUUCACUCUGCAAACAGAAAGGCUUUGGAAGAUCCCGGUCACAAGCUGCGUAAGGGCUGGACCUGCUCUGAAAAUUGGUAUCUCUGUGUUUACAGCGUGUCUGCAAUUCAACCGGACCUCUGCGGAGUGCGUUCCUGAAGCUUUUAUGGGAGAAAUGGCAAACUGCCAAGCGAACUGCCUCUUUUUCACAGAGGUUCGAUACUAAUCAAUGUGACUGACUCUUGUUCUGUUACCUUUUCAGAUUUAUCCCAAUAGAUGGUGUCUGACAAGUCCAGCACGUUACAAUAUCAGCAGAGAGAGAAAAAAAAGUAACAUCUCCAUUCUUUUAGUUCAUCACUUUCAGCCAUGUAUAAUUAUAGUUUAAUUCAGAACUUUAUUUUUUCAUUAAAACUGUUUUAAUGAACCAUGUUUUUUUCUGAAAUGUGAAACAAGUGAACAAUGAUUUUGUUUUAUUCUGAACUCA